AUGGCCCUCAUUGCAGCGUGGGUGUAUCAAGCUGAGGCAACACCAGGCCCUACCAUUCAAGUCUUCGAGAACAUUGGGUGUACAGGCACCCCCACGUCGAUCGUAUUCGACGGAACCAGCUACUGCGGCAACUACGUUCUGGGGCAGUGCACCAGUGAUGGCCACAGCAGCUACUUCGUCAGUUGUUCGGAGUUCUCCCCGACCAGCUUAGACGCUCUAUUUGGCAACACGCCAUACCUGAUCGCGUCCCUAUACGCGUUGGGGUCGUCUUGUGGGACGAUGAUCGGCGCUUGGGUCUGGCCACUGGGCAACGACGAUUGCCACCCGAUGCCUCCAUUCCCUGGCAUGGUCGGCGUCGAAGUCGAGCUCAAUUCCGACAAUUCCAUCACAGUGGAGUUCGCCACCGACAACCUCUGCAGCGAUAUGAACGACGCGACAGAAGCCACGUACUCGAGCUCCAUGAUCAACAAUAACUACUGCGUUGGAGGCAAUACGAGGUUUUACGUUCGCAGUCCGGCAACUACCGGGACAACAACGACAACCGGUACGACGGGUACGACAACGACAACAGGUACGACGACCACCACAACAACCACUUCGUUCAAUCCAUCGGGGGCCUCGACAGACCCACACGUCGCUCCUAUUGCAAUUGCCGCGCUGGCAACAAUGCUCCAAGCAUUCGUGGCCUUCUAA